UGUGCCGCUUCACUCGUUCCGUUUUUACCGCCUUCAGAACUCGCGUGCGUCAUUAACGGCGGCACGACGGAGCACCGGUGAGUCGCUGUUCAUUUCAGACCUUUUAAAACUCCUCACUUGUCGAGCAGAAGGAGGAUGCAGUGGCUGCCUCAAUCCGGUGAUACAGCACUGUCACCAUGGCGACCCAGUGCUUGUUUUUGACCCCUGACCUCUGACCUUCUGCUGAAGAUGGCAACCCAGAGAAGGCACCUGGUCAGGGACUUUAACCGCUACAUCACCUGCUCCGUGUGCCGGGGUUACCUGAUCAAACCCACCGCCGUCACCGAGUGCCUCCACACCUUCUGUAAGAGCUGCAUCGUCCAACACUUUGAGGAGAGUAAUGAGUGUCCUGAAUGUGGCAUUCAAGUCCAUGAAACCAAUCCUCUAGAGAUGCUGAGGUUGGAUAAAACAUUGGAGGAAAUCAUCUUUAAGCUGGUGCCUGGUCUGAGAGAGAAGGAGGAACAACAGGAAAUGGAUUUCUGGCGGAAAAAUAAAUCCAAAGCUAAUGGGGAAGAUGGUCCAAGGGCUAAAAGGUCUCGUGUGAGUGAGGAUGAAGAGGACAGAGAGGAAGGUGAACGAGGUGAUUAUCACAGGAACGACCCACAGAUUGCCAUCUGCCUUGACUGCCUGAGGAACAAUGGCCAAUCAGGAGAGAGCACAGUGAAGGGUCUGAUGAAGAAGUUUAUCCGCUGCUCCACUCGUGUCACCGUCGGCACCAUUAAGAAGUUUCUUUGUGUGAAGCUGAAAUUACCGAGCUCUUAUGAGCUGGAUGUUUUGUGUAACGGGGAGAUCAUGGGGAAGGACCACACCCUGGAAUUCAUCUACCGAACCCGCUGGAGACUGCAGGGCGACACUGAAUACCCCAUGGUUCUCGAGUAUCGUCCUCGCAUUGAUUUCGGCUGAAACCCAAACCGAGCUGCAGUGAUGGACAGAUGACAGAGAGAGAGAGAGAGAGAAGACUAAACACAGAAAUGGCCAGUUUGUGUCUCUCAUUCAACUUCCUCAUUGUUCAUCAAUCACUUAUUCCUGUGUGACAGGUCUUGGCUCCGCCCCCUGCGACACAACCAUUUCUCUGUGAACGAAAAAAAAAACAUUCAGCACUUCAGAAAUGUACUUCAGGCAACUUUGGAAAGAAAGAAAGACUGUGUAUGACAAGAGUCUUCCAUUUUUUUAUAUUCUUGAAGACGAAGCAAAUGUUUGGAAACGUAAAUGAAUAAACGUGCCUCUUUUGUACACACACACACACACACACACACACACACAGAGGAAAAGAUUAACUACUUUAAAAAAUGCAUUUACUGGAAAGAAAGACUGCAGCCAUUUUGUUUUCAAGCUUUUUUAAGGACAUCAGUGCUGAGAAAUCACUAAUACUGGAGGAAAUAAUGAACAAAAUGAAGUAGCAACCAGUUAACAUAACAGACACACAGUCAAGGGUCACGCUAAUCCUUUUCCACCAGCUUCCAUUCAUUGUUCGCCGUGUUAGCAUGCCCAGUCUGAGACAUUACAGAGAAACUUAUUUCAUUUUUACUAACCCCAUUUUCAGAAAAGUUGGAUAUUUUCCAAAAUGCAAUAAAACCAAU